AUUAACAACUAAUACAAUUGUUUGAAUAUACCAAAAAGGAUGAUAUGUCGGAAUCAAUGUUUGUUUUACAUGUGUAUGUAUUAAUUUGAAUAAGAGUGUCACUUUAAACCUCGGAACGAAUACAGAGCAUCAAGAUGAACAGAAAUCAGUAGCUCGUAUUAUUUGGAGAGAAAAAAACGCCAAUGAGGAAAUCGAUGGAUAUGACUCGACCGUCGGCAUGCGGAUUGAAAUUAAAUUCCGAAAGCAUAUAAGAACAUCCCUUUUAUUGAAUUCCGGAGAAUAUUGGUUUCCAUAGUGACGUUACAUGAACUCUUGCAAGCUUUGAAUAAUUUCUUGGUUAUUCAGACACAUGAGAUGAUAAAUGAGAGAACUCGAGGAUUGAGCAGUUAAAUUUACCUCGUCAUGAUAUCAAAUUGCGAGGGUUGACGUAAACGUUCAUUAAAAGUGUAAUGAGCUUCACUUUGCCAAGAUCAUUAGAUCGGAUGUAUUGACGUUAAAGCCAUUCAAGUAAAUAGAGAAUACAUCGGGAUCUUUUCAAUGAGUGUUUUUGUGUUAAGAAUUGCAGAAAGAAAUACAUUGAAACAACUGCAUUUAAUCGUGUAGCUUAUGUAAAUAAGAAUUGUGAAAUAUUCUUCGGUUUUAAUAUUGUGAAUGAAAUCACAUGGAGACGGAUAACUGUUUGUGGUACAUAUGAUUAGAUUAAGUGCAAUGUUUACUCGAAAAGUCUGAAUAUCUUUAAAAGGAGAGAAAUACACAAUUUAUAACAACAAAAAAAGAAUAGUGAGAGCAACCGAGCAGUUUUGGAGAAGCGGGCAAAAAUCACACUUGACAGACAACGGCGGUUUAUCCGGAUCAAUCUUGUUUGUCUUGUCAAGAAAAACGACAAUGAAACCAAUUAAAUUCCCCCAAAUAAGACGCGUAUGGGCUCCACCAUAUUGUAGCUGAACAAAAAAGCAAAUUCUGGAAUAAGACUAAUCAAUUAGUGCUAUGGCUGGACCAGUGUAAUUACAUUGCCAAACGCCAAAAGAUGCGUGUGUGGCAGUGAUAAUAGAAAUAAAAGUUGUGGCAAUAUUGGCUAUAAAGAAAUAUCUGACAGAUAAAAGCUAUCUUUGGAUAUCGAGCCGGGUUUAUUGUUCCUACCGAGAGAAUUGAUCUUUACCAGUUUUCCGCGCCAAUAGGUUUUAAGAUUGACAAGAGGAGACGAAUCAAGUCACAUAACUUGUAAGAGCUUUGCUUUUAUGAGCCAGUUGGGUAAAGAAAAAGUGUUUAAGAUAGAAUAUGCUUGCGAUGUGAUGUGUUCUCAAGUACAUAAUUUUUGUGUUCGUUUGCAAUGCCUCAUCUGACAACUACCAUCAGGUUUUGGAUUCCACGCCGCGAGUGCUUAUUAUGAUACAAACAAACAAAUGAAUACCCCAGGUUAGCAUGUAAUGGACUACAAACAUGAUUUCACCGUUGUUUCGGGAAGUACUAGAUAAAAGAAGAAGGUUUCCAAUGCAUGUUAAGUGGUAUCAAGACAUUUCGUGCAAAAUGAAGCAGGUGAAAAUAUGGAUUGGACUAGGAUUAUUCUAUGCAAUUAUUCCAUGCGUGUUAACAAUCGACUGCUACCAUUGCGCCUCCCUGGCCGGAGACCACAAGGAAUGUGAAGACGUGUUUGCUCGAGAUAUCACCACGGAACACCUCAUUUCCCGAGAGUGUACUUCGGGAUACUGGAGAGCAAAAUUCUGUAUUAAACUCAAGGGAAAGAGAGUGGAUGGAACAUCAAUUCUCAUUCGUCAAUGUGCACAGCGAGAUUGGGGGAGUCAUUGUGGUUUAAUUCAGUUAGACGCCACGGGAACCAAUCGCUUUGAAGAUAUCGAUGGUUGCGUAGAAACAUGUGACUUCGAUGGUUGUAACUUGGCAACGACUACACACUGUAAUAUCCCAAUGAUAUGCUUGACUGUGAUUUCAUGUUUAUUGCUUUGGACACGAUGGCAGUUUCUGUAAUCUAUUAUUGUAAGCAUUUAUGCGUAAAAGUGUAUUUUUAUGAUAUCGUGAUAAAAUUCAAUGUACGUCAGGGAUGAACGACUACCGUAAAGCUAGAUAUAAAACUAUAAGUGGCUCAUUGAUGUCAAUAUAAAUAGGAUUGUCUUGAAUGGAGUUCCAGUGGCAUGUUACCAGACAGUUAAAGAAUAUAAGGUAUUUAAAUAUGUGACGAACAACACAUUAUUCCCCCGUGAACAAAUAUGAUGAGAAACUGUAUACAACCCCAAUACGUAAGAUAAAUUAGUGUGGUAAAACCUGAUAUCGAAUAAAAUCCCAUUCUUUUAAGUCGAGGUAUGGUGGAUCUAUCGAUCGAUGAUAGCAAAACUAUAAAUCGUGUAUAAAUGUAUGAUUACAUGAAAAAAGAACUGAAUAUAUAUGCAAAAAGCUACAGAAACAUGCUCAGUAGCAAAAAGUUUAAACAUAAACCCGGUUUAGUGGCAAUGGGCAAACGCCAAAGACAUAGAACACAAAAUCACAAACAAGAAACAUAGAACAGCACAAGACUCUACAAACAGCACAGUGCAUAAAUACUAUAUAUAUAUAUAUAUAUAUAUAUAUAUAAUUGGUAUGUUUAUCAAGAAUUGUUAGGUACCGCCUUGGAACGGUCAGUAAAAUGUAAAUUUACUGGGGGUUUAAACCAGUUUAUGUGCACAAACCUCACUCUUAUCCCAACAAUUCUUAAUAGAGAUAAAACGCAAAAGGUAAAUCUUAUCAAAGUAUGCAUUAACUUGAGGAAACUUAUCAAUAAAACAAAUAAUAAUAAAAAACGAAAAGGUAAACCACAAGUACUUCAAUGAUUAGAGAUCCCAACUCUAUCUGCAGACGGAGGGAAACAAUUCAGAGCACCUAAUGCAAAUACUUUUCAAAAAUACGAUGAAGCCAAAAAGUUUUAAAAAGUGUUAAGCAAUCGUAAGAAAAAUGGGCACAAUAACUAAUGAUUUGACUAGUGGAUUUUAAUCAAAAUAAGGCCACAGAUGAUUGCCAUUUCGUUUGCCGGAUUUACUGUACCUAUAUUUAAGAACAAAUGCAACACAUUAUUUUAAUGUUUUUAAGUGGCCGCACUUUAUUCACUAUUCAAUAACUAGUGCUUUGACUAGUGGAUUUUGAUCGAAAUAAGGCCACAGAUAAUUGCCAUUUCGUUUGCCGGAUUUACUGUACCUAUACUUAAGAACAAAUGCAACACAUUAUUUUUAUGUUUUUUAAGUGGCCGCACUUUAUUCACUUCAGUGCUAAACCUUCUGAAAUAUGGAAUUCUGAAAAAAAAAUGUAUUUCAAAAAAGGGAAUACUUCAUGGAAUAUUUCUUUGAAUUUAAACUUUAAAUGGAGCUAAGAAUUAUUCAGGAUUGUUAUUCUAAAAUUAGUUAUGUAAAAGAAAAAGGGUAUUUCGCCCUCUCGCUUUACUGAGAUAUCUAUAUGACCAUCUCUGAUAUACUACAAACGAUAUAUGCGUGUCUGCGAGCGUGCCUGUUGUAUAAGGGUCAUUUAAAGUAAUUGUAUGUCUAUAGUAUGUGUUUACUUAUAUCUAAUAUUUGCUCACAAUUAAAUGUUUUUGCACGUCUGUAAUAUAAAACGAUAUGUAGGUUAGUGUGUUAUCCUGUGCUAUUUGUCAAAAUGACGGUAUUUCCAUUGCAUAAGGUUUAUUGUUACUGGUCUGACCGUUAAUUUCUUUUCUUUACGCGUUGUAAAAGAAAAACAAUAUGUCAAUGCUCCUUGUUUAAAAUACAGCACAAUCAUUGUUCACAAGUCACCAUCUAGUUAUUUUUUUAAAAUCAAGGGCUCAGCAAAAGUCGGUCGUCACUCCAUAACAAAAAAGUUAGUAUCGUUAGUCUUGCCCCAAAUAUCGAUAUGUGUAUCUGUGCAUUGCUAAACAUUCCAAAUAUAUUUGGCUUAUCAACACUUUUUCUGCUUUUUUGAGUUAUUAUGUCAUUGUUCACGAUUAUGAUAACCUUUUAAAUGAAAAAAUAAAAUCUUAAAUUCUA